AUGGCUCAAUCUUCCAAUCACAUAUCAAAUCAAGCGAAGCAAGGUUUCGUCGGUUUGCCCGCAGAGCUUCGGGAAGAGAUUUAUGGGUAUUACUUUAGGCUCGAAGAUGGCUACACAUUCAAUCCCGCAACCAACAAGUUCGUCGCGUCGCAUUCGGAGAAGAAUGCCAUGGCGCUCAGCACAGUCAACAAGCUUGUCGCGGUAGAAACGCGCGAUUUCGUGGUCAAAUACAACGAGCUCCACUUCGCCACAGUUCAGAUACCUUCAGCCAUUACCAAGGCGCCGCAGAUGCACCACCUCCUCACCGAGCUAUCCAAUGCGCAAGACAGGGCUUUGCGAAGGCUGCUUGCAAUGUCAAAUUGCUAUGACGAGGCCGCCCGUGUCUAUGUUCGAGCAAACCAUGCCCAAUUCUUACCUCUUCUUGAUCACGCAAACACAAUGCGUCCCCAUGAUGUCGACGGGUACCGAGAACAUUGGAAGGAAGUUCCAUCUAUCACCCGCGAUUUCAUAACAGCGACGAUGGAUACCAUCAGGCCGCGGUUCUGCCUGGACUCGGUAGCACAGCCGUCGGAAGCACGGCAUAUCUAUUUGAAACGCCUUUUGGAAGCUUCACAAGGCCAGCCAUUCGAGCCAUGGCGCAUCCCCACAGACAUAGAGCUUGACGAAAUGCAAAGGAACAUGGACACGAUGCGACCAUAUGAUCUCAUGAAUGAAGAAUUCGUAGAGUGCAAGCAGCGGUUCUCAGCUGCCUCCGUCGCUAUCCAAUACAUGAAGUCUCUUCGCCCGGAACUCCGGAAGAAGAUACGAAGGAUCGUAUUGGAGGAAGAAGAAGGCUCCAUUGCAUGGCCUGAAUGUCACGCUCGAGGCCUUAUACCCUUCUGCCAAGAGAACAAAGAUCUACGUAUUGAUCGCCGCAUCGAUAUCUGGAAAUUGAUGUUCUCAAGGUCGUGGAAUGUAAUGGCAACGACAAGUAGCCAAACCAUUGCUCCGUGGCUCAUGGAAGCAGUCGUGUUGCUGAAGCUGGGCAUGCCUCAACGUGCAUUCAAAUCAACAUUCGUCGGCGAUGCGAACCCAUCACUGGCCACCCAAAUCUUCGGCGUCGCCAUGAAAGACGCAGCCUGGCAAGCCGCGCUUGAGAGGCGCACAUUAGCCAAUUUUGACCGAGCUAUGAUUCGAACAAGUCCGGCUUUCAUCAUGGCAGGAUUUCCUAGAGCCAUGCAGGAUAUCGCCGAUGGAACGUCAAUUGUAGAUUGCAAUUUCCCUAUCGCAGCUCUACCCAAUGAAACGGAUGUGUCACGAAAGCAUAUACACUGGUCAUUGAACAGAUGGUCGAGGAGAUGGAUUGCGAGUCGUACCGAAAUCAACACCUCCGGUCGUUGGCCGUCAUAUCAGGCGGUUAUUGAUCUGACGUUCGUACCAAACACGCAGGUGCUGCCAGCACCUGACUAUUCAUUGAUCGACGAUGUGCCAGGCUAUCCAAACGACCAUACACCAGUAGAAAUUUCGUCACUCCAGUCGUUACUUCAGCCGGAGGAUGACGACAUCGAGCACGGUGGAGAUAUGCAUGAGACUGCGUAG